GCGAAAUAUAUCACGUGACAGCUUUGUGUGUAUUUCGCGGGAAAGUGUGUCGUGGAAGAGAGGUAGUACGAUUCGAAAUAGCUAAGAGAAAACAUGUCAUCCCCUACAACACCACGUCGACGUAGCAAGCGAGGUCGCAGCUCUGAGCCUGGCAGCCCCACUGAGAGUGAAGACGCAGGGCAGAGAACACCAUCUCGUAGAAGUGCACGGUCUGGCGCUAGUACACCCUCUUCCACACGAGGCAGUGCCAAGAAGUCUGCCAAGAAGACUGGAGAGGGUUCAUCCCCACCGUCCCGCGGGCGCCGAAUGGAUGCCUCCCCUGGCAGCGACCUCGCACCCAUGCCAUCCUCACCCCCCUCCGGGCAGGCUGGGGACGAGAGUCUGUUCUCAAGUCCAAAGAAUGGCAUUCCUACAAGUGAGAUUGAUUUGAGCUCUCCUCUGAAUUACGGCACCCCAAGUUCCCGGGGCGGUAUUGGCACGCCCCGCACACCCGGGCUCGGUCAGACCCCAGUCAGGCACCGAUCAGACAUACGGAGCAGCAAGAAAAUGAAACAAGUGGCCAUUGGAGGGUCCGAACCAUCUGAACCCACUCGUGUGACCAGCGAGCUUGGCACAGACUCGAACAGCGGACCGCAGUUGGUUAUCUGGGGAACUGAUGUAGACAUUGAACAGUGCAAGGACAAGUUCAAGCGGUUCAUCACCAAAUACAUCGACCAUGACGUCGCCCAGCAGGUCGCAGACGAUGAGCAGUUUGCAGGGAUGGAUAUUAAUGAACCAUACUAUCUGCAGAGAUUGGCUGAGGUACAGAUAAUCGGAGAGCCAUUCCUGAACAUCAACAGCAAGCACUUGCAGGAGUUUGAUGCUGAGAUAUACCGUCAGCUGGUCAACUACCCGCAGGAAGUCAUUCCCACAUUCGAUAUGGCCGUCAACGAAAUGUUUUUUGAAAAAUACCCAGAUGCUGUUCUUAACCAUACAAUCCAAGUCCGACCAUUUAAUUCGGAAAAAACGAAAAACAUGAGAUCACUUAAUCCUGAAGAUAUUGACAAGUUGCUGACAAUUGGCGGAAUGGUGAUCCGACUGUCGUCUCUGAUCCCUGAAAUGAGAGAAGCGUUCUUCCGAUGCCAUGUGUGUUCCAGCACCAAGUCUGUGGAGAUCGACCGUGGCCGUAUCUCCGAGCCGACUCUCUGUGCCAACUGUAACACCAACCACUCCUUCACCCUGGUACACAACCGCUCUCAGUUCAGCGACAAACAGAUGAUCAAGCUCCAGGAAUCUCCAGAGGACAUGCCCCCUGGUCAGACUCCCCACACAAUUAUCUUGUACGCCCACAACGACUUGGUAGACCGUGUCCAGCCUGGCGACAGGGUGACCGUCACCGGUAUCUACAGAGCCACCCCUCUAAGGGUCAACCCCAAGAUGAGGAAUGUGAAGUCUGUGUACAAGACCCACAUCGAUGUUGUCCACUUCCGUAAGGUGGAUCAGAAGAGGCUGAGGGAGGUGGAUGACGAUGAAGGCAAUGAAGCCCGAUUCCCUGAAGAGAGAAUCGAACUGAUCAAGGAGCUGUCAAAGAAGUCUGAUGUGUACGAGAGACUGGCAAGGGCUAUAGCUCCUAGCAUCUAUGAAAACGAAGACAUCAAGAAGGGCAUCCUGAUGCAGUUGUUCGGUGGAUGUCGGAAGGAUUUCACUAACUCUGGCAGGGGGAAGUUCAGAUCUGAGAUCAACAUCUUGCUGUGUGGUGACCCCGGUACCAGCAAGUCACAACUCCUGCAGUAUGUUCACAACCUGGUACCUCGAGGUCAGUACACCUCUGGCAAGGGGUCAAGUGCUGUUGGUCUCACAGCUUAUGUCACAAAGGACCCUGAGACAAGACAGUUGGUUCUUCAAACUGGUGCCCUGGUGUUGAGUGACAAUGGAGUGUGUUGUAUCGACGAGUUCGACAAGAUGAACGACAGCACUCGCUCCAUUCUUCAUGAAGUUAUGGAGCAGCAGACAUUGUCCAUUGCCAAGGCCGGCAUUAUCUGCUCCCUGAACGCAAGGACAUCCAUCCUGGCCGCAGCCAAUCCUGUCGACUCCCAGUGGAACAAGAACCGCACCAUCACUGAGAACAUCCUUCUGCCACACACCCUGCUGUCCAGAUUUGAUCUGAUCUUUUUGAUCUUGGACCCUCAGGACGAGCUGUACGACAGACGACUGGCCAAUCAUCUUGUAUCUCUCUACUUCAAGAGCCCAGAAGAUUCACAAGAUGAACACCUGGACAUGUCCAUACUAAAGGACUACAUCGGUUAUGCCAAGCGCUACAUCAACCCCCGGAUAGAUGAGGAUGCUGGCCAGGCCUUCAUCCAGGCCUACGUGGAGAUGAGGAAGGUGGGCAGCAGCAGGGGACAGGUGUCCGCCUACCCCCGGCAGCUGGAGUCUCUUAUCCGAUUGGCUGAGGCUCAUGCCAGAAUGAGGCUGUCUGAGACCGUGGAGGUGGCAGAUGUGGAAGAAGCUCGCAGACUCUAUAAGGAAGCUUUGAAGCAGGCUGCUGUCGACCCGUCGACCGGCAAGAUCGACAUCUCCAUCCUCACCACUGGCAUCAGCGGCGCUGCUCGGAAGCUCAAGGCAGAGGUGGCACAGGUGCUGAAGAAACUGAUUCAGUCCAAGGGGAAGGUUCCUAGUCUCAAACAUGGCAAGCUGUACGAAGACUUCAGGGACAAGUCCGACAUUCCAAUCACACGAGACAUGUUUGAUGAAGCUCUCAAAGAACUCCAAGAUGAAGACUUCCUUAUCGUCACCAACAAGGUCAUUCGACUGUGCACAUAACUGCCAUGAGAUUGUUACAAGGUUCAACCAGAAUUUGGACCAGUUACAAUGUGACGUCACAUUUAAGUGUAAAUAACCGGAAAGUGGUGAUGGUUCUCCAAGCUGCCUUUCCCUGUACAGAACUGAUCAUGAAUAUUUGGAUGUUCUCCCAGAUACCAAUUGCAUUUACUUGUAUAGAAACUGUUACUGAACUUAAUAGAUAUUUGAAUGUUUAUUGAUAUUAAACUUGUUUGUAUAGACGUUUAUUAUGGAUGAAGUAUUGUUUAACUUGUUCUCAGAUACCAACAUUGCAUUUAGCUGUAAAGUACCUGGACAUUCUGUAUCUGUACAUAGCUGUACAUCCAAGCUCGUUAUUUUCCUGUAAAAGUGCUGAUAAGAAUAAAUGACAUUUUUAUGGA